AAGCUUCAAGCCGUUAAGAAAGUUCUUGUGAACCAACGUCCCCUAAGCUCCAAACAAAAAUAAAAAGCAACAUGAAGUUCGCCGUUUCCGUAGUCUUGUUCGCUUUGGCCCUUGGCGCUGCUCACUGCUCGAUCAUCCCAGGCGUGGUCACAUCCAUCAAUGGCGUCGUUUUGGCCUCUCCACCUGGCUCUAUUGCUGUACAAGCCUCUGCCGUGCCAGCUGUCGUUGCCGCACCAUCGCCAGUACAGAUCAUCACCAGCCCAGCGGUGGUGGCUGCUCCAGCUGUUGUGGCUGCAGAGGGCACCUAUGUCGCCAAAACACGUGGCGCUGUGCAUGUUGCACCUCUGCCCGGACAUGUGCAAUCAGCUGCCUCAGUGAACUUGGAACCAGCACCAGGCACCAUCUAAGAAGGGAUGCCACUAAUUUCACUGAAUUGAAUGGCGUUUCGAACGGGAAAAUACGCACACAUAUACCUAUGUAAUAUAUAAAAUCGUACAAGCACCUGGUCAUAGUCAAUUACGUUAUGUAACUGGAACACGUGCUACAUAUUUACAUACAUACAUACAUGCAUACAAACUAGAGCUCUAGAUACCCGGGUAUCGAGCAAUGCGAGUAGCUCGAUACUCGCUCGAAACUCGUUCAUUGCUCAACUGCUCAAAUGUUUGUUCAAAAUUUUCGAGUUUUUGAACAAUUUCAUAAACAAAAGAAAAUUUGUAAAUUGUAUUUGUCAGCAGCUGAUUUCUAAUUCAUGUUAAAUAAAUUGUAUUAAUAAAAACCAAUGUAACAAUCUUUGCAUUAUAUAUCAAUAAUUUGAAAUAUUUAAAAAGUUGCUUCCAAAAAUGUCAAUAUAAUAAAAAAAACAUUGCUCAAAUUACUCGAAAAAACUCGAAUUGCUCGAGCUCAUGCUCGAAAAUUUUCGAGUAAUGAGCAUUGAACAAGUGUGAGAGUACUCGCUGCUCAUAUACCCGGGCUGUUUGAAAAUGUGCGAACAAAAUCGAGAGCUCUAAUACAAACAGACAAUGAAUCG